UUCGAUGAUGUGGCUGUGGACUUCACCUGGGCAGAGUGGCAGCUUCUUGAUUCCAAGCAGAAAAGGCUGUACCGGGACGUGAUGUUGGAGAACUAUAGCAACCUGGUGUCCAUAGGGUAUCAAGCUACCAAAUCAGAUGCACUCUCCAAGUUGGAACAAGGAGAAGAACUAUGGACAGUAGAAGAUGAAGUUCGCUGUCAAAUCUCUCCAGAAGAGAAACCUCAUGGAUGCAGUGUGUGUGGGAAAGCCUUCUCCAGAAAGUACAGGCUGAUUGAACAUCAGAGAGCUCAUACUGGAGAGAAACCUCACGGGUGCAAUGUAUGUGGGAAAGCCUUCUCUACAAGGUUCAGUCUCACGACUCAUCAGAAAACUCACACAGGAGAGAAGCCCUAUACAUGUAGUGAAUGUGGAAAAUGCUUUUCCAUGAAGCACCGUCUCAUCGUCCAUCAGCGAACUCAUACUGGAGAGAAACCCUACAUAUGCAGUGAGUGUGGAAAAGGGUUCAUCCUGAAGAGUCUUCUCAUCAGACAUCAGCGAACACAUACAGGAGAGAAACCCUAUGUGUGCAGUGAAUGUGGGAAAGGCUUUCCCAUGAAGAGUGAUCUCACCUUGCAUCAGCGUACUCAUACUGCAGAGAAACCAUUUGUAUGCAAUGACUGUGGAAAAGGCUUCACUGUGAAGAGCCGUCUGAUUGUACAUCAGCGAACUCAUACAGGAGAGAAGCCCUAUGUAUGUAAUGAAUGCGGAAAAGGCUUCCCAGCAAAGAUCCGAUUGGUUGGACAUCAACGAACUCACACAGGAGAGAAGCCCUAUGUAUGCAAUGAGUGUGGGAAGGCCUUCACUGAGAAGAGCCAACUCAAUGUUCAUCGACGCACUCAUACUGGAGAGAAACCCUACAUAUGCAAUGAAUGUGGGAAAGGCUUAACCGGGAAAAGCAUGCUCAUUGCUCAUCAGCGAACUCAUACCGGAGAGAAGCCUUAUAAGUGCAAUGAAUGUGGAAGGGGCUUCAGCAUGAAGAGCACUCUAGGUAUACAUGAGCGAACUCAUACUGGUGAGGAACUCUACAAAUGCAAUGAAUGUGAGAAAGGCUUCCGGACAAAGACAUGCCUCAUACAACAUCAGAGGUUCCACGCAGGAAAGACUUCCUUUGUAUGUACUGAAUGUGGAAAAUUCUCUUUGCGCAAGUACGACCUCAUUACCCAUCAGAGAACCCACACAGGAGAGAAACCCUAUGAAUGCAAUGUAUGCAUAAAAGCCUUCACCACAAAGUCAGGGCUCAAGGUUCACCAAAGGAAACAUACAGGAGAGAGGCCCUACGGAUGCGAUAAUUGUGGGAAAUCUUUUGCCCACUUGUCCAUCCUUGUUAAACAUAAGAGAAUGCACACCUAG